AUGGCCUACACAUCAGGGGAUCCUCACAUGGUCGAGCAGAUGGAGAUGGUCAGAAGGCUGGCAACACUGGAGGCAGAGUUGAGAAUCGAGAGAGAGCAGCAUGCAUUAGCACAGCAGUGCAUCACUUACAUGGCACGCCAGCUCGCCUCUCAAGACCUAAGACCUGCCGUUCCAGCACUCAGAGAAGAAUCCCAGCCCCGCGGCAGAAGACUCGAAAGAUAUGCGGCCGAACCCAGAGCCCAAGCAGAGAUCGAGCAAAAGCCAGAAUCGAGAGAAGAUGAAGGAGAAGAGCAGAUGAGAGAGCAAAAGGCCGAAUCGGAGGAUCUUCUAGCUUGUGACAACAAGGAGAUGCCAGUGGAUUCUGUGCACUCGCCUAUUCUAGUACCUCACAAGACUCGCCCUGCACCCACUGGUCCAAGAUCCGAACAAACAUUCAGAACCAAAUGCCUUGCUUUCCUGGAGCGCGACGAAGAGAGACACGAGCCAGUCGACACCGGCAAGGACGCAGAAGGCACGCUUUUCACAUUCGAGAACAGCGGCGACGUCGGUAGCGAAGAUCCUCCUUCCAGUGACAACGAUGACGCAAAACUCAUUCCAGUUCCCGACACACAGGAUGCAAAGAAACAUGAGCAACCCCUUACGCUUAAGAGUCUCUCAGAUCGCUACAAGGACCACAAGCCUACAGAGGACGGCCUCAACGCAUCAGUAUGGGCUGGGGAACCUCACCUGAAAGGUAUUGUCUCUGGACCGCUUGUCGAGAGGCAGAGUGGUGAUCCGCACGAAGCAGAGAAGACGGUCAACAAGUCAGAGGAGCAAGAAGAUCUGAUGCAGUUUCCCGAGACUGACGAAGUAUCCGAGGACACUGCGAUCAAAGAGCCCGAGAAGAUCUUGAGCGAGGAGCAGAAGGAAAAGGCCAAACGAAGCCAUGCAGCAGAACUUCGAAAGAACCAAGCAUUGGUCAUGUACGACCCUGCCCCCAGCGAGGACGCUUUCCGCACAGUGCUGGUGACUGACAUACCCAAGGAAAGUUCGGCUGCAGAUGUGAUGCGCAUGGUCUCGGGAGGCAUGAUUGUCAAGGUUCAGUCCAUGAAUACGACACCCAUCACAGGCAGCAAGACGAUGAUGAUUACGUUCCUGCAGGCUAAGGACGCCCGCGACUUCUUGAAAUCGGUGGAAGGCAAGACAAAGCCGGAAUUCAGUCUCCUCAAGUCACCGACCUAUCCUACCAUCCCAAGGCUCGCCGACGACAUGAUGUACAACGGCGUCACACGUUGCUUGGCCAUCCGCGGUGUAUACGAAACCAUCACUAUGAAGAGACUCUGUGAGGUCGCCUGGCCGCCCGGACUCGAACGUGACAACAUUGUUAAUGCCAGCAGAGACGAGCAGGGCGUAUGUCAUCUAGAAUUUACCUCCGUGUUGGCAGCUAAGAUGGCUCACUGGUUCCUCAAAACCCGAUUCGACGGUGCCGAGCACGAAGCGGAUCCGUGCGACCGCAGAAUUCCUGGCGUGGAUGAAGAAGACGGACUGGAGGAGGAAAGUGAAAUUGAAGAAUCCGAAGAAGGCGAGAUUGUCGGAUCGGGAGACGGAAUCGAGACUGAGAGCGAAACGCAGGCAGGAGCCGAGACCGAGUCCAAGUCUAAGUCGUCUGCAGGAGAAAAGGAUGCGGAUGGAUGGCCUAUCGGAGGCUUGGAUUAUGAUUGA